CACCUUGACUGUGCGCGCUGCCGUGCCGUGCCGUGCCGUGCUUUGUAUUGGCAAUAGCUUAUAGGAUCGCAUGCAGCAAGAAGGCAGUGGCAAAACCGGCUCAUUAAAACACGUCUGCAGACCCUCCAUCGGUGACGCGCAUUACUACCACGAGCACUGCCGACGGUCCCCGUGCGCACAGUGACAAACGAGCGCGCCAAAUCCGCGGGAGGACAAUGAGACUGAACCAGAGCCUUUAACGGUGCUCGUGGAGAAGACAUGGCGAGAAGGGUCGACGUUUGAGGUGCAGCGGAUCCGCGAGAGGGAUUUCCAGAGACAGCCGCUGUCUGAGAGCACAGUUUCUAUCACACUUAGUCAAAAGGAAACGCCUGCGGAAGGUAGAAUGGCGCGCGUUCACGGCCGGCUGGGGACCUGGCAGGUGCUGCUGACCAUCUCCAUCUUCAUCCUCCCUUUGACCGUCCACGGGAGGCAUGCACUGGGCAGGCACCAUCGUCACCAUAACCAGUCAUCAGUCCAUAAAGAGGCCUUGACCCCCAAGAUGGUUAUAAGUGAUGACUCUGCAGAGAGAGACCACCUGAUUGGCCUUGGGGCGUCACUACCACUCAGCUCCAAACGCCACCACUCUCACAAGCACAAAUACCUAGACUUCAUUGAAGAAGAGCCCCCUAUGGGAGAGGAGUUCACUGCUGGGGGUGCGGGCCCAGACCAGCCCGGGAACCCCAUGGUGGAUGAUGUCGUUGUAGCCUUUCACAGCCCAGCACCUGACACAGUGCCAACUGAUGAAGAUGUGGCUUGGGCCAAAGCUCCACAGGCUCAAAAGCAAAAAACAGACAGUAAACAAGGAUCAUGGUCAAUUAAUGACUUUUACGAAUACACCGACACUGACCUCUCUGCAGCAGACCCCACUCCUGAGCCCGAGCCCACCCCGUCGCCUCCUGCCCCACCAGGAAAGGAGGUGAAUGCUGUUGGAGCAGACAGCUGCAGCCUGGGCUUUGUGCGCUCUGGGACAGGCGUGUGUGUGUCCCAAUGUGAAUUGGAACCAAAUUUCUGUUUGAAUGAUGGAGUCUGCACUGUGGUGCCGGGAAUGGGCGCCUUUUGCAGGUGCAAUAUGCAAAACUACAUCUGGAACAAAGGCACACGUUGUGACCAAAUGGUGACCGAGUUUCAAGUGAUGUGUGUGGUUGUGGGCGUGUCCUCCUGUGUGCUCCUCCUCCUUUUCAUGAUCAUCGUAUGUUUUGGCAAAAGACUGCACCGCCUCAAGAGUGAGAACAGGCGCCUUCGCAAACGCAGUAAAUACCGUCCUCAAAGCACCGAGCCACAGACUGACGGCCUCUCCCUUUCAACGACUGCAGACGGCUCCCAGCCCAAUGUAAGGAAACUGUGUGACACCCCUCCGCCUGUUCCCCAAGCUCACACCCACAACCUGGCUUACUAUGACAACAUUAUCUGUCAGAGGCCAGCAACAACAAGCUAUACAUGGGAAUAUAAACCCAGAAAUCCUUAUAACCACUUCCAGGAUGAGCCCCAGAAGCACAAUGACCUCAAGUCCCCACAAUCCAAGGAAGAUGGCUCUAUGAACAUCCUCAACUCUCACUCUCCGAAACAUGAGAACAACCGUCCCACCUCGAUGGAUCCAGAGCACGCCCCUCACACUGCAGAGGACAACACAGAGGAUGGAGUCACUAUUGGCCUGGAGGUUCUCCUCCCCAAAGAAGCCAAGCGGCAUUCGGACAGUAACCCACUUCAAUAUGAUGUCUUUCUCUACAAAGUUGCCAACAACGGAGACUCUGUCCAAACUGAAGCUUAUGGGUCUACCCAUCCUAAUUCAAAGUCACCCAAAACUCCAAGGUCUUCCAAGUCUCACAAGCACAAAUCUCCCAAGUCCCCUAAACGCCCCAGUGACAAAUCUGCUCAUUCCAAAGAACCUCUCAUUGAGAGGCAUUCGUCUCCUGGUCAGCAACACUUGUCCUCUGGGCACCCAUCACCAAGUGCUCGUCAUUCAGCGCCCGGGUGCUGCUCCUUCCCCUCCGGCCAUCAGACCCACCACUCACCUUCACAGCACAAAUGCAUGACCAGCUCCUCACCCACCACACCCCCUCAACUGCGCCGGCCCAGAGGGCGUUCCCAGGCGACUGGAUCUCUGCACUCAGCCCACGAUGCCCAGUACCCGCAGGGAAGACACAUUCACCCAUCUCCAUCAUCUCCUCACCUUACCCAGCCUCCUCCAUCACCGACGCGGGUCAAGUACAGCCCAGUCAGCACCAGAUACUUGUACCCAGAGGACUGCAUGGCACCUGGUCUCCCACGGAACCACAGAAAUGGAUCUGGGACAGCUCAAACACAACAUUUGCUCACAAGAGGAUGCUCCAAAUGCAGACAUAAGACAGAGCACUACAGACAUGUGGGAGUGGUACUAGAAGAUUGUCGGUAAGAGGCACAUCAUGUAAGAGUUAACAGGAAGUUAUUGGACUAAAAAUGAAAAGAAAA